AUGAAUCGAUUAAUUAAAAUCAGACGAUUAUUUCGAACAUAUACAUUUUUACAUAUUUUUCUAAAAAUAAACAUUUUAUCAAUUUUCAUAUAUUUUCUUCUAACCAUAAUUAACAACUAUCGAUUUCCCAAUAUAAAUUAUCAUGCAUCUACUAUACGAGAUCGUGAAGAAUUACGAUUAGCUCAUCUACGCACAUUAAUGUACGAUUGGUACCAUCAAGGAAAAAUACCGUUUGUUUACCAACCACAACAAUCAUCAUUGUCGAUUUUAAGUAAUAAACAUGGUAUUGUCAUUAGUAUCAUGACGUCGAAUCGUGUUCAAUAUCAAAUUGAUGAUUAUCAACCGGAUUAUUUAACUCAAUCUUUAUCAACCUUAAUUAAACUAAUAUUUGAAGAUAUUUCAGAGUAUGGUUACCGAUUUAAAUAUAUCAAUAUAAUGAUCUGUUUAAAUGGAACCAAAAUAAAUGAAUUGUCUAAUGUACAUGAAAUUAUACGACUUGUUGGUCAGCAUGCAAUUCAUCCAUUGCGCUCUAAUCGAUUAUCAACUUAUAGGAAUUUAUCUGUUAAUUAUCAAUUUGUGAGAGAUAUGUCAACCUGUAUGCUGAAAUCAGUUGAUUUAGUUAAAAAACAAGAACAUAAUCAUAGUGAUUAUAUACUUAUCAUACAAGAGGAUAUGAUUGCAAUGAAUAAUUUAUUUGAUGUACUAUGGGGAUUAAUGCAACAAUCUAUGAAUAAUAUUCGUCAUUAUCAUGACCAUCAUAGACUUGGUAUGAUCCAAUUGUAUUCACAUAAAAAUGUAAUGAGAUUUCCAUUUUAUCAUAAAAUUGAUAGACAAUUAUUUGAGUUAACAUUUGCUUGCCUACUAUUCAUUACAUUCAUUGCAUUUUUUAUUUAUUUACAUGUAGCAUUCAAACAAUCAUCAUCACAGUAUGGAUUAUAUAAAUUCUAUUUAAUGCUUAACUUAUUCUUUACAUUGUUUACUUUAAUUUGGUUGUAUGGAUUGAAUAAUUUAUUGAUUCGAUUAUCUAAUUUAUUUAUCUCUUAUAAUGGUGUUUUUCAACUCAAAAGUCAAUCAUACUAUGCUAAAACUGAUAUGAUUAUGGCUAAUUUAUAUUCAAGUAUACAAGUUAGACAAAUCAGUCAUUAUCUAAAAUCAGUUGCGCCAUGUGAAAAUUCCUUAUGGUAUUUAAAACAGGAUGAAUCAAAAUGUGCUCAAUUGAUCACAUCAUAUCUUGUGUCAAAUGCUAAACAAAUAUUUAGUGUAUAUAUGAAUGUAUUUAAACAUUGUGGAUUGUAUUCGAAUGAAGAAAAAAGAAUGCUGAAUCCAGCUGAUGUCGAAUAA